AGCCAUCGCCCAUCUGCCAUCGCCACACAAUUCCAUCCUGCUUCCACACUGCUCCACCGGACCAUCUGCACACCACACCACACCACACCAUCACUUCCGCCGCCGAUUCUCGUUGGACUGUCCGUUCCACUUCCAUCGACCGAUCGAGACAGCUCCUCAUGGCUUCCAUCGUGCUCCUGCUGUCGGAGCUGCUGGGCGGGGAGAGCGCGAGCGUGCUGGCGGCCGAGCGCUACAUGGGCGGCCACCGGAGCCUGCGGGAGUUCCGGCCGGCCGUGACGGAGGCGCCGCCCAAGCGUGCCCAAAGGCUGGCGGAGGGCCAGCGCGCGGCGGCCGGGACAGAGCGGGCGCGGGAGGAGGGCAAGCAGAGGAAGGAUGACGAUUCGUUCGAGGACCUCGCGCUGCCCAGGGUCGCGGUCGACAUCAUGUGGCCUUGAGACUUGAGAGGGAGGGGAGGCUUGAGCGAGUCGAGUUCUCGUCUAAUGCCAUGUAUAUUUAAAACCAGCCUAUUGUUUAUGUGUAUACACAUCUAUAAUUGCGUCAGCUGUUCGUCUUCGACUACUCCAGCUGCAAUCCACGGAGCGACAAAAUACUGUAAAAAUUAUAGCCCUAGUUGAAUUAAAACCGCAGUAAACCACAGUAAACAUAGCCAAUAGUGAAUAUAACUUAGAAUAUUAUCGAGAUCAGCAACGCCAGUUUUACUAUAUUAAAAUUUUAACAAUGUUUUACUAAAUGAUUUAUAAAUU